GCCGCAGUUCUGCCAGACGUGCACUCGGUCCUCCCGAGCUAUGCACUCUCAGUCCAACUGUGCACCCACGUCGGGAGCCCAAGCCAUGUCCGCUGAGAGAGAGGCAGCCGAGGCGGCCACCGUGGUAGCGGCGGCCAAGGCAGGGGCCGAGGAAGACGGCUCUUCUCAGCCGCCGAAAGCCGAGGCCGCGGGCGACCCCCAGCCGCCCGCGGUCGGGGAGGAGGCUGCAGCCGCCUCGCCGCCGCCGCUGCGCUGCCUGGUGCUCACCAGCUUCGGCGGCUAUGACAAAGUGAAACUGCAGAGCCGGCCGGCCGUGCCCCCGGCCCCCGGCCCUGGCCAGCUGACACUGCGCGUCCGGGCCUGCGGGCUCAACUUUGCUGACCUCAUGGCCCGACAGGGACUGUACGACCGGCUGCCGCCGCUGCCCAUCACCCCGGGCAUGGAGGGCGCGGGCGUGGUGACCGCCGUGGGUGAAGGAGUCAGCGACCGCAAGGAAGGGGACCGGGUGAUGGUGUUGAUCAAGUCGGGGAUGUGGCAGGAGGAGGUGACUGUGCCCUCAGCCCAGACCUUCCUAAUGCCUGAGGCCAUGACCUUUGAGGAAGCCGCUGCCUUGCUGGUCAAUUACAUCACAGCCUACAUGGUUCUCUUUGACUUCGGCAACCUGCGGCCUGGCCACAGCGUCUUGGUACACAUGGCUGCAGGGGGUGUGGGUAUGGCAGCCCUGCAGCUGUGCCGUACAGUGGAGAAUGUGACCGUGUUUGGAACGGCCUCGGCCAGCAAGCACGAAGUACUGAAGGAGAAUGGGGUCGCACACCCCAUCGACUAUCACACGAGUGACUAUGUGGACGAGGUCAAAAAGGUCUCCCCUAAAGGAGUGGACAUCGUCAUGGACCCUCUGGGUGGGUCAGACACUGCCAAGGGCUACAACCUUCUCAAACCCAUGGGCAAAGUCGUCACCUAUGGAGCCGCCAACAUGCUGACAGGCCCCAAGCGGAACCUGAUGGCCGUGGCCCGCACCUGGUGGAAUCAGUUCAGUGUGACAGCACUACAGCUGCUGCAGGCCAACCGGGCUGUGUGCGGCUUCCAUCUGGGCCAGCUGGAGGGCGAGGUGGAGCUGGUCAGUAGUGUGGUGGCCCGCCUGGUGGCUCUGUACAACCAGGGCCUCAUCAAGCCCCACAUUGACUCGGUCUGGCCCUUCGAGAAGGUGGCUGAUGCCAUGAAGCAGAUGCAGGAGAAGAGGAAUGUGGGCAAGGUCCUCCUGGUGCCUGGGCCAGAGAAGGAGAACUAGGGCAUGGGGCUGGAGGACCCUUGGGACCCAGGAAAGGGGAAGUUGGGAAGCCACAUUCUGUUGACCACUAGUCUUGCCUUUCAUCCUCUGUCAUAAUGCUCUGCCCUCUUUCUCCCAAAGGUCUUCAUGAGGAUGACCUCUUCCUUGCCCUUUCUCUUCAGUCAGGGCUGCCCCCUCCCCUUUGCUGCCCUUUCCCCCUUCCUUCCUGGUUGGGAAGUGACCACUUGGAUGUCUGGGCCCUGCCAAGGGGACAGGGAGGGUCACAGGGAGGCUGAGUGCUUCCUGCCCCCCACCCUUUCCCCAGGCCUGCUGUGCUGCUUUUGUGCCAAGGUCCCUCCCCGUCCUAUUCUGGUCCUGUUCUGUGUGCUUCUGCCCGUGCCCCACCACCUCCCCAAAGAAUUGAAAUGUCAGCUCAGGAUAUGGGGGCCAGUCUGUGAGUCCAGCAUGCACCCGUCUCUCUCUAGUAUCCCUUUACCCCCAGGCUGACCACUGCCCACCUGUGAACUCUCGCAUGGCCUCUUCCUCUGUCCCCAACUUCUUAAGCACAACUGGGUUUUUUCCACCUCCAGGUUUUCUACCACUCUUAGCCAAGGUUGCCUCUCACAACACAAGUGGGAAUCAGACCUCCCCCAGGUCACAACUCUGUGGGAGGAACACAGAGCCCCCACUUCACUGAGUUCUCUGGAUCUGUUCUCAGUGCCUUAGCAAAGGAAAACCUAUGCUUGUGUGUGUGUGCGGCGGGAGGGUCCCAGUCCCCGCCUCCCUCUCUGCCCCUGUUCUCCCCAGUGCCUUCUUGUUCUGGUGGAGCUGGGGUUUCACUUGUCCCCAGUCCCACACUACUGCCAAAAAUCUGUGUAUGUGCCAGUGGGUGGGCGUCUAGCCCUAGCCUCCCAGGCCCGGGCGAAAGCAGUUGCCCUUGUUGUGGUGCGUGCCAUGUCCUGUCUCUGGGGCUGUCAGUUCUCUAUCAAUGGCUGAGGAAGAGGAAGAGGUGGGGAAGGCUUCUUGGCCUUGCAGAUAAGUGUGGCAUUUACCAUCCAGGGCUUUGAGAGGCAGCGCUGUUUGUGUCUUGUUCUGGGACCAAAGUAAAAAUCAAAGCACAUUCCCCUUGCUGUCAAGGGGGGCCCCACUGCCUUCUCAGUGUAAGGAGGUAGCUUUUUUGACUCAGCCCCAAACUUUGUUUACACGGGUGGGGAGUUGGCGCUGGGAGGGAACGAGGGGUGGGAGAUAGGCCACUGGAGCCAAAGCGGGGAUUUCCGGGGUAGAGGUGUAACUCCUCUGCUUUACAAGCUGGGGUUUGGGAGGGUUAUUGCCCCAGCCAUUGCCAGUGGGAGGUGGGGGGAGAGGCCUAAACAUGUGAAGUGCGAUUUUUGCUUUUGUGUACCCCACCCCAUUACCGCAGCUGCCUUUGUGUUUGUGUCAAUAAAAAACCAAACCCUG